CAUCCUAAGCUUCCCAAGCAAGACAAGGAGAAGGAGAAGGAAAAAAUGGAGGAGCCUCUUGAGACGAUUGAGGCUGUUUUGAAAAUCAACAUGCAUUGCGAUGGCUGCGCAAAAGAGGUCAAAUGCUGCAUCUACGACAUGGAAGGGGUGGAAAGAGUUGAUGUUGAUGUGGAGAAGAAUGUGGUGAGAGUGAAGGGAAACAUGGAUCCUAAUAAAGUUGUGGAGUUUAUCAGCAAGAGAGGUGGAAGAAGUGCAGAAAUUGUGCAACCGGAUUUGACUAAUGCCGAAGGAGAGAGAGUGGACUGUUCUUGCAAUUGCUAUGCUUCACAACAAGCUGUGUAUGCCCCCCAGAUUUUCAGUGAUGAGAAUCCCAAUGCUUGCUCUGUCAUGUGAAGAAGAUGCUAUCAUCACCUCACAAAUCGGUAAGUAAAUAUUUGAUCACUGAAAUGGUGUGAUCUUUGUGACAGAUGGGAUGGUUAAUUGAGGUAAUAUUGGUGCAUCUGUAAACUUACAUCAACUUAAAAUGGUUAGCAAU